AUGGCGAUGCCAACUUACACCAUUCGUCCAGCCCUGCACUGCCUACGAAAUGCAGCGCGGCGACGACCCAUUCCCCCAUGCUCUUCCCCCAGCUUUACAACCAGCACCCAGCGGAAUGUUGAAGCCCUCGAAACAACAUCCACCCCCCCUGCCCCACCCCCUCCAAACCUCGACCCCAACACCGUCUUCACUCCCCGCGAUGAGCGCCGGCUCCUCCGCACCGGUGUCCACCCCAUCGGCUCCCGCCGCCGCCGCGCAUCCAUUCUCUCCUCCGACAACGUUCCCUUCGAACAAAUGCCCUACCAAUGUUUCCAAGAAGCACGAGCCGUGCUCGCCGAAGACCGUUCCCGGAAACUCUUGGAGAUAGCAGAAAUGCGAAAACGAAUAGCUUUCUGGCAGAAUGUGCCGGCGAGUGAUUUGGGGGGGGAGUAUGCGAAGAGGGGGAAGUUGGUGAGGAUGCAGAGGUAUUUGGAGCAGUUGAAGAUCUUGGCGGAUGUGAAUGACCCGGUUAUCAAGAAGAGAUUUGAGGAUGGAAUGGGUGAGUCUGAUAUACCACUUACGCCCACUCUGAUGCUUGUGGAGUUGAUGCUAAUCUUGGGGCGUGACUUAGGAGACAUGGAGCGCCCAAUCUACCGCUACCUCGCUGACCGCAAAUGGCGCGAGUACAAACGCAAACUCCUCAUGCAACGCAUAUCCCAAAUGCACAUCGUCCCCGACAUGCUCCCGCACCUCGACCCCAUCGCCGAAGUCUCCCUCGGCUUCGGUCGACGCAACGUCCAGCCUGGCGAAUUCGUCGAUUCGCGCGUUAGCGAGAUACCGGCACGGCUGAACGUGCGGGUCUUUGAUAAGGGGGAGAGAUUGGUCAGUAUAGCGGUCGUGGACCAAGAUGUGCCGGAUGAGGAGCGAGAUAGUUUCGGCUCGAGAUGUCACUUUCUGGCUGUGAAUGUACCGUUGAGUCCGACGAAUACUUCGAUACCGUUGUUCAAGUUGAAAAAGGAGGAGCAUAUUGUGCAUCCUUGGCUGCCGCCAUACGCGGAAAAGGGCGCACCGUACCACCGGUUGGCGGUUUUUGUUAUACAGCAAGAUGGUGCUUGGAAGGGAGCGAGCUUGGAUAUCAAGGCGUUGAGAGAGAGUUCGAGGAAUAAAAGGGACGGCUGGAAGAUUCGAAGAUUUGUGGAUAAGAAGCCGCUGAAGCCGAUUGGGAUGCAUUUGUUCAGGAGCAAAUGGGAUGAGGGGACCGAUGGAGUGGUGACGAGGGCGGGCGUUGAGGGGAUGAACAUCGAGUUUACGAGGAAGAAGCCCGAGAAGCUACCAUAUAAGAAGAAGGAUGGAGCGAGAUACAGGUAA